AUUUUCUGGACGCUUGCGCUGCAGCAAGUUGCAACAGCUGCCAGCGACAGUUCACCGCGAAUUGGCUGCUCCACACUCUGGUUCGGGGACCAAUGCUGGGCGAUGAAGCAAACAACUGCCCUGGGGCACUUUACAGGAUGUUCCUGAUGGAAACAACCCGGGAUUUAUUGAUUGUUUACAAGAUAUACGAUAAUCCGACUGGUCCACUGGCAUUGAUGAACUAUGGGGCGCAGUCCUUAGCGAAUCGUUGCGCCUCCCAAGCUCCAAGCGAUCACGGCUUCCGCGCAUGGGGAAGCAUGGGGAGAGCCUACCUAUGCUGCCUCGAGUCCGGCCGCCGUGAAACCGAUGCCACUGGAUUGUAUCCCCCAUGAGGCUCCUCUUUCUCCUCUUAAUACCCCUCAUUCCUCUGGUGGAGAUUUGAAUGCUUUUCCUAAUCAAUGACUGUUCUUUUUGGAAGUGAACAAUGAUGUGAAAACCAUUUGUUACCAUCACGAUAAUAUCGAGCUCGCGCAUCGACCUGGAACGAACCGAACUCCCAAGAUAAACCCAACCCAGCACGGAAAUACAAUCAUGUCGAUCUUCGGCCGAUCCAAAAAAGAACGGUCAACGACAUCUCGACAUCGACACAAUCCCCUUUAUAACUCCCAAUUCAACUUGAAUGAUAAAUAUCUCAGUUCAGUUCAACAUUCACCGAGCGAGCAAAGACCUCCUCCGCCAUCCUACACCUAUGCGACAUCAAUAAGCAACAACGACCGGGUAAUUCCUCAAUACGAUCCCUACCAGCCCGUCCAAAUCACACAGAAACUCCAUCGCGCACCUCCUAUGCCUGAACGGACCCGAAAGUCCGGGAACGCUAUCAGCAGACUCAACUUGAGUUCAAUGGCAAACCCGCUGAAGACCGAUGUUCCUGAAUGCAUCCCAGGGGCCCGAAUAUUGAACCAGGGAAUCCCGGUUGGAACGCAGUACCUGAAUCAAGGAGCAGCACUAUGUGAUGUGCUCACUGAUAGGUUCAACAAUAUUAUAAGCCUAAUCGACGGAGAGAACUGGAGCGGGGAUGAUAGGGAAUUGAUCGUGCAAGAGCAGCCUUUGCCUGUAUUCCAACAAGACCGGCCGUCGGCCACCAGAGAUGUUUCCAGAAAUGGAAAGUCUAAGGGCAUAGUCAACAACCCUAUUUCUUCGGCUAUCACGACGACUUAUUUCGCCAAAGUCAACAUGUAUGCAAACUCAAGGCUGCCUCCAAAUUUACGCCCUAUGAAAUUGUAAGCUAAUUGAUUAAAUUUUGACCGGGUGACUUUGGCUAAUUGUGAUAGAUAUAUGCCGACGUUUCCUCUACUAUGCACGGCAGCUCGGUAUUCCGAACGUGUAUAUAUGAAGCCGGUGUCACAGGAGAGGGAAACACACGUGAAUGCAGAUUGGAGGCAGGGUACGAAAGCCAUGGUUAUCAAAUCGGUCCCAAUGGACGAUAAGAAUACAAUAGUGUUUGCUAUCAGAGGAACACAAACUUUUAUGGAUUGGGCAAUCAAUCUCAAUUCAGCCCCGGCUUCUCCGCAAGGGUUUCUUGUGCGUAUAUCCCAGAAAGCAUUCUUUUAUUGUCGACUGACCAAUCACCAGGAUGACGUAGGCAAUCUAUGCCACGCCGGGUUUCUCACGGUGGCGCGAAAGAUGAUUGCACCAGUUGCUGCACGUCUUCGAUUUCUCUUGCAAGAGAAUCCAAGCAGAGCUCAAUAUUCGCUUCUCAUCACUGGCCAUUCGGCUGGAGGUGCCGUCGCAGCUCUUCUCUACAGCCAUAUGCUCUCCACCAGUCCAGAAACAGAAUCAGAACUCAAUGUCCUCACAGGAUAUUUCAAACGGGUCCACUGUGUUAGUUUCGGCGCACCACCAAUAUCACUCCUUCCACUCACCAAACCAUCGAAUCCCUCACUCAAAAAAUCACUCUUCAUGAGUUUCAUAAAUGAAGGAGACCCAGUAACACGAGCGGAUAAAGCCUACGUACGUUCCUUAAUGGAGCUUUACGCCAAACCGGCUCCCUCGCAACCCUAUCCCACGCCACAAGCACCGAGGCCUUCAAAAUCGUGGAAACCGAGCAGCUCUUCCACCAGCGUGACUAAACACAAGCACUCGGUCAAAAGAUCACAUUCUCUUCCAAUUACUACUAUGCCACUGUGGCCCGUGCCCGACGCACCGUUGAGCAAUGCUGGGCGAAUUGUUCUUCUUCGUGGGGUGGAGAGGUGCGCCACUGCGCCUAAGAGAAAGACUAGACUGGAGGAGAAAUUGGAUGAGGGAGUUGUGGCACAAAUUGUGGAUGAUGAUUUACUCAGAGGUGUUAUUUGGGGUGAUCCAGUCUGUCAUACUAUGAGAUUAUAUGCUAAGAGGAUUGAGGUCCUGGCCACAAAUGCGGUCAUGGGGAUGGAAUGAUCUUGGACUCGACAAAGAAAGAGGAGACACAGUACAGAAAAUGAGAUGAUGGAGUUUGGGUUUGUGGGUUAUUAUUAGGGGGAUGUUUUUUUUGGUGUUUGGAUUGCGAGAUAUACCCUCUACCGAGUCUUUACUCGACAUUUUAGUACUACGAAGAUUAUUGAAUAUCAUUUCUACUCUAAGCUGGGACGCAAAGUUGUGGUUCCCAUUGCUGCACUUCUUUGCCCUUGGUUUCCGGGAUAUCCUCGGCCAAGCUUUCGCUGGGCAGAAUGCGGAAACGAUAACGCUAUCCCACCUGAUUUGAAAGAUUAUUUUCGUUAUGUGUUGAUACCAGAAAAACAAUCUUUCUUUUCAGGAGCACCAGCGGGAAAAGAGAGUGCACUCUCGGUUGCUGUUUUUCAGGCUCUAAAUCUUGCCAUGUUUACCUCCUGAUCUCGGAACAGGUUGUUCGGCAAGUGUCGGCUUCAAAUUCACGCUUCUUUUUGGCUGCGCUUUUCUAUACCUGCUUCCCUCAGUAAGGGAUUUUUGUCAUUGCCUUCGGUGAAUCAUGAUUACUGUGGGUGCGUGGGGGUUUGUUUUCAAGGGUGGUGUUGAUUUGGGUGAUGAUGCGGUGAUUGUGUACGAAAGUUUUGGGAGGCUUGGUGCGGAUUGAAGUGAGCUGAAAUGUUACGAAGUCGAUUCUUUCAGCUUGCUGAUUCCAUACAUAUUCUAUCUUCAGUUUCUCCAGUUUGCAAUGAGGGGUGUGUAUUUGUUGGUGGGUGCGGGCGAUCCCGGUGGAGAGAACUAGAGAGCUGAAAGUUGCCAUGACCCUACAUGUCGUUCUGCGAAGCCCGUUUGUUUGUUUCUCGUCCUAGUCUUGAGGCUGACAUUUAGGUUGGAGGGGAUUUAUGAGCCUCAAUGAGCUGCUGCCACUACGAGGAUUUUUCUGGGGUGGUUCUAGUUGUGUGGGUCAACUUCUGCAUUUCCCGGACUGUGUCUGAGUUCUGAGUGAUGAUUUACUAUAUAUCUCGCAAAGUGCCUGGACAUUUAGUAAGCUAUCACCUUUUGUUGUCGUUAUUCAUCACGUAAUUGUGAUUCAGCUCUGCUCCAUCAGAUGUGGAAGCUAGGGAAGGAAGUUCAAGUUUACUCUCCUUUCCUUUCAUGCGGGAGUUGUGUUGAAGCUAGAAAAUGUUACGCUGGGAUGAUGUUGACUACUAUCGGACCAUUUUCCUGUCACUUAUUCGUACUCUCGCCUAUAUUUGAAGGCUUUGCUUGUUUACGAUUUCAUUUCGAGAUAUUACUAUUUCGAUUGCGACAUCUCAUACUAGUGCUCUGACGGGAGUAUAACGUCGGCGAAAAUAGGAAGAAGACUUCAGGAGCCAAAGUCGGCUGGUUGCGGGUAUUUCAUUCCCCACAAUAUAAUGUCAUUGAGAAGUCAUCAUUACAUUGCCUAAAUGUUUCAGCAGUGGUUGGAAGUCACACCAUUUUCUAUUUGGUCCUCGGUCAUGACCAAUUGAGUUCUAAACUCCGGAAAAGCUUCGGACUUUGCGAUACGAUUUCUUGGAAUGGUGUUGAGCUGCAUGUGUGGGUUUUUCUCGACUGCCUCCGUGAUCGCUGGUGAAAACGUCGGAAAAUCCUCGGAACACAAAACUGACGUCUGGUAACACUUGUCAAAAAUGCAUUGGUGUAUGAAUUUAGAGUGUUGUUUUAGCGAACUUGACUGAAUUUGGACUCGUUUCUUCGGAAGAUUGCUUGGGCUGAACGGGUCUAGCUUUAGAC